AUGAAGUUUGGGAAGGAGUUUGCUUCGCAAAUGGUGCCAGAAUGGCAAGAGGCAUACAUGGAUUACAACCACCUCAAGACUCUCCUCAAAGAGAUCCUACGGUUCAACCAAAGAACUAAACCACCGGUCACUACACCGGCCGGCCUGAAGCGAAAGCUGACCAUGUACAGAGCUUUCAGUGGCCUAACCCAGAGGCACGCCAAGAGCCCCCACGGUGGUGGAGACGUUGAAGAUCAAGUGAUACUGGUAAAAGCUAUGCAGAGUGAGGGCGGCGGCUCAUCUGAUGUUCAUAGCAGAUACCAGUCAAACUUUCUGAUGACGGCCGAGGAAGGAGGAGAGUAUGAGCUGUUGUACUUCAGGAGGCUUGACGAUGAACUCAACAAGGUGAACAAGUUCUAUAGGAACAAGGUGGAUGAGGUUCUUAAAGAGGCUGCCGAGUUGAAUAAGCAAAUGGACGCUUUGAUUUCGUUUCGGAUUAAGAUCGAGAAUCCCAACGUCGCUGGUGGUACCUUCGAAGACAACUUCGAUCGUAAGGCUGAGAUGAGUCGUCUUGUUUCUGAUGUUGCUGCCUCCACUGCCUCAUUGAAUGCCUCUACUCCUUCCCGUGCUAGAACCAUCAGUGAGUCUCUUUUACUACCGUCUCUAGAAGUUGAGCUGAGCAACAGAUCAGGAGAUUCGGAUAACUCAGGUGGAGAGACAGAAGUCAAUAAUGAGCCCAAUACUACUAGCAGCGUUGUUCACGAAGAGAAGCCGCGAAACGACAUCAAGGCCUCCUCCUCCUCCAGACCAGCCCCUUUACAAAUCCGUAACCGUGUGAAGCUCAACAACACACUUGAGACUCCCCGCUCCACCAUUAAAGGAAUUCUCAAGGUCUCCAAGAACAGAGAUCUCAACCUUAAGGACCUCAGGAAAGUUGAGGGACAACUGAAGCGGGCUUUCAUCGAAUUUUAUCAGAAGCUUCGACUUCUUAAGAGCUACAGCUUUUUGAAUCUCUUGGCAUUCUCAAAGAUCAUGAAGAAAUAUGACAAGAUCACUUCAAGAACUGCAGCUAAGACUUACCUAAAUAUGGUUGACAACUCCUAUCUUGGAAGUUCAGAUGAGGUCACUAGGCUCAUGGAGAGAGUGGAAGCUACCUUCAUAAAGCACUUCUCAAACUCAAACCGCAGCAAGGGCAUAAACAUCUUGAGACCAAAAGCAAAGAGAGAAAGGCAUAGAACAACAUUUUCCAUGGGCUUCUUUGCUGGUUGCACCACAGCUUUACUUGUGGCCCUUAUUUUGAUUAUACGUGCAAGAAAUAUCCUGAACAAAGAAGGGAGUACCCAGUACAUGAAUACCUUGUUUCCCCUCUACAGCUUGUUUGGAUUUGUUGUCCUACAUAUGGUCAUGUAUGGUAUAAAUAUAUACUUUUGGAGGCUUUACCGAGUCAAUCAUCCCUUCAUAUUUGGGUUCAAACAAGGAACUGAAUUGGGAUACCGAGAAAUAUUCCUCCUCAGCUCAGGUCUUGCAGCUCUUGCGCUUGUCAGUGUGCUGUCAAACCUAGACAUGGAGAUGGAUCCAAAAACAAAUGACUACAAGGCGUUCACUGAACUAAUCCCUCUGGGAAUAGUUUGUCUAGUACUUGCCAUAACAUUUUGCCCAUUUGACAUUAUAUACCGUUCAAGUCGCUUCUUCCUACUCCGAUGUGCUUUCCACUGUAUCAGUGCCCCUCUCUACAAGGUUACUCUCCCGGAUUUUUUCCUAGCAGACCAGCUAACUAGCCAGGUCCAAGCCAUUAGAAAUCUGGAGUUCUACAUCUGCUAUUAUGGUUGGGGAGACUACAAACACAGAGCAAACACUUGCAAUGGUUCUGAUGUCUACAAAACUUUCUUUUAUAUAAUUGCCAUAAUUCCUUAUUGGUCCCGCCUCCUUCAGUGCCUCCGACGGUUGUACGAAGAGAAAGACCCAAUGCAAGGAUACAAUGGGCUGAAAUACUUCUCAACCAUUUUGGCCGUCGUUAUGAGGACAGCUUACAGUUGGAAUAAGGGACUUGUUUGGCAGGUGUUAGCUGCGAUCACAUCAGCCAUUGCAGCAAUUGUGAGCACCUAUUGGGAUCUUGUUUUUGACUGGGGGCUUCUACAACGUAACUCAAAGAACCGUUGGUUGAGAGACAAGCUUCUUAUCUCUCACAAAAGUGUAUAUUUUGGAGCCAUGAUCCUGAAUGUUCUACUCAGAUUUGCCUGGCUGCAAACUGUUCUGAACUUUCAAGUAUCUUUCCUACAUAAAAAUGCCUUGAUUACAAUAGUCGCAAGCCUAGAGAUUAUUCGUCGUGGCAUUUGGAAUUUCUUCAGGUUGGAGAAUGAACACCUGAACAAUGUUGGGAAAUAUCGUGCCUUCAAGUCAGUACCUCUCCCAUUUAAUUGUGAUGAGGAUGAAAACGAAGACGAAUAAGGAUCAACCAUAAUCCACAAAGACAAAAGGGCAUGCCAGAACAAUCAAUCCCUGCAGAAGAAUAAGAUUAAAGCCACUGUGGAAUUGAUAGGAACCCACAGAACAAGACAACCAAGACAUUACAAUGGAUGACCUGAUUAACAGCUAAGAUGCAGACUUGUAGUUCAAUAAUAUGCAGUGGAUAAGUGGUGGUAAGGCAACAACAAUGGAGCCAGCACAAUGGAACUGAUUCAGUAGCAACAGAACAGAUUAACAUUUUUUUUUUUUGUCGUAACUAUUGUCUAUAUUGUAUUUCAUUUUUUCAGUC